AUGCCUGCCACCACGACACCACUACUACCGCCUUCAGAGGCAGAAGACAUCAUCUAUUCCAAACUCUCUACCACGGCUAGGGCUUUCAUCGAAGCUACCAAUUCCGCCACACCUCGAGAUAACAAUCCCGACUACGAUCUCCUGAGAUCUUUCUGCGCGCCUCACUUCCGUAUCUCGUGGGCGCCGAAGCUCUUCGCGCGGAAUAGUCCUGUGCUCGGCGCACCCAAAGAUAUCGAUGGCUUCUGUAAUCACAUCAAAGACAUGUCCGCGAACCUCUCGGUCUGGGCGAUUCUGGUGCAGGAUGUGUUGGUGGAUGUGAAGCAGAGGACCGUGGUUGUGCGGGCGGACUUUUGGAUGUUGCCGGGUGAUGGAGGAGACAAAGUUCAGAAUGAUAUUGUAUUCUUUCUGAGAUGUGAUGAGAGUGGGGAGAAGAUUGUUGAUUGUUGUGAAUAUGUGGAUCCGUUCGCGAGUCAGCAGAUUCGAGAGAGGAUCUCUGCUAAAGCGUGGAAGGGCAAUGCUGUGAGCGAGCCGGUCAAUGGCACGAAUGAUGUGGAUGGAGCUAUCCGUUAGUGGAAAGACCAAGCAAGCUGCCGAUGAGAGAGUCUCCUAUAAGGUAGCAACCGAUUUCGACAUCGACUCCACGUCCUGAUUCCAACGGUCGUGGCACAUGAUGGUCCGGGGACAAUAGCAAUACGCUCACUUACUGUAUGGGCUGAUGGGUAGCCCGGAAGAGAUUCGCUCGUACGCUCAGGCCAGGCAUAGCAGCACUUGAAUUGAAGCUCAAGUUGAGAUCGUGAAAGGAUGAGGGGUGAGACGUUCGCGGAAUUUGGAGGACAGGCGUUCAUGCGAGGAGUCGUCCAGAUGCUUUCAUCGAACUGUACCCUUCUCACUCAAUUCCUUACAUCUUCCUGCACAUCAUACGCCAGCAGUCAUAGCUCUUAUACAUCAUCCACAUCGCGUUUCGCAUCUUUCUGCUGUGCUCGGAGGUACUCGUCGUGCUCACGUUGCCUUUCGUCGAUCUCGUCUGCCAGACCUGGAUCAAUGAAGCCUUUGUACGGGUCCCCAAUCGCUCCUUGUCGCGCAUCGUAUCGCCUAUCACGCUCCAUGUAUCUUUGCAUAGUCUUCGCUGGCAGUUGGCUCGCUGUGCGGACUAGCUCGGGUAGUUGAUGAU